AUGGAGCAAGUAAAAUUAGUUGGCCCAGAAGCUCCUCUUGUUGCUGUAGCUGGUGAAGAUCUGGUUCUGCCCUGUUUUAUCAAACCCAGCACCAGCGCUGUGGACAUGAGAGUGGAGUGGUUUAAACUAAACGUAGAUGACUCAUUAGUGCAUCUCUAUGAAGAUCAUGAAGACAGAAAUGAAAAUCAGGUUCAGUCCUACAGAGGAAGAACAUCACUGUUUAAAGAGGAGCUACAGAAAGGCAACGCUUCACUCAAACUCUCAGCUCUCCGAGUCUCUGAUGAAGGAGAAUAUAAGUGUUUUAUUGAGGAUGAAUCCUGGUUUGAUGACAUCACUGUCCAUGUCACUAUUGAGGCACAGGGAAGCCACCUGGUGAUCAUGAUGGAUACAUAUGAUAACUCAGGAGGGAUUAAUCUAGUGUGUGAGUCUAGAGGCUGGAACCCUGAGCCUGAGGUUCUGUGGCUGGACAGAGAAGGAGCCACUCUGCCUGCUGAAGAUACACAGAUACACAGAGACACUGAGGGCUUCAAUGUGAAACGCCGCAUCACUGUUUAUGAUUAUAGCGACUCCAACAGGUUUUACUGCAGAUUUCAACAACAACAUCACAUGAAGGAAGCAGAGGUCAUCAUUAAUAGUAAAGUCUUUGAUACUUGGAAGGUUGCUGUCGGCAUUUCAGUUUCAACAUGUCUUUUUACUGUUGGAUGGAUUGUAAUUGCAGUUAUUUGGUACAAGAAAGUGCUGCAGAGACGGAUGAUGAAACGCGUUUUAGCAGAGAUCAAGGAGUUUGCAGAGCCACAGAAACAAAGGAUGAAACACGUGUUAGCAGAUAAGAAGAAGUCUGCAGUGGCUGUGACACUGGAUCCUGAUACAGCUCAUCCUAAACUCAGAGUAUCUGAUGAUGGAAAACAAGUGACAUGUGGAGACACACAGCAGGAUCUCCUUGAUACACCACAGAGGUUUGAUGAAUGUAUUAAUGUUGUGGGAAAGCUGAGUUACUCCUCAAAGAAAUUUUAUUAUGAGGUGCAGGUCAGUGGGAAAACUGCAUGGAUAUUAGGAGUCAUGAGAGAGGACAUUAACAGGAAGGGGGACAUUACUCUGACUCCUCAGAAUGGAUUCUGGACUGUGGGACUGAGGAAUGAGAAUCAGUAUAAGGCUCAUGCUGGUCCUGAUGUCCUCCUCACACUGAGAGAGAAGGUGGAGAAGGUGGGGGUGUUUGUUAAUUAUGAAGAGGGUCAGGUCUCCUUUUAUGAUGUGGAGUCCAGCUCUCAUAUCUAUUCUUUCACUGCUCAGUCUUUCACUAAGAAGAAACUCUAUCCAUUCUUCAGUCCUCAGUACAAUGGAAGGGGUAAAAAUUCAGCACCACUGAUCAUCACUGCUGUUAAUGAAUGAAUCUGUUUUAUCUAUUACAUGUUUAACUGUUUUUAAUUUUUAUCACAGCUGGCUAUAAUCAUCAAUUACAUAAUAAAACAAAAUAAUUUGUGUAAAAUAUGAUUUAAGACAAAUGUUAUUUUGUAUAAAAUAGAAUUAAUAAACUCUGUUAACAGUGUGUUUACAUGAACACUAAUAAUAAGAUCAUUAUCCACGUUCAGCAGUUAAAAUCAGAUUGAAGCUGUUAUUAGAUGGAAUUCUAUAAAGACUCUGUGAUGUUAGUCUAGUUACUGGACUAUUCAGUGUUUGUGUGCUGUUAAUCUGAUUUCUCUUUCUCUGGAACUCAGAAAGUAGAAAGUUAACAGCUCAGAAAAGGACAGAGGUUUGUGUGAUUUCUAACUGUAAAACACAGAAAAGUGACUCCAUUUGUGGGUAAAAGUGUCAGAAAGUGUAAACUUUAAAAACCGUCCUUCUUCUUCAGUGGUAUGUGUUUAGAUCUGUGAUGGUGUUUGGUUUAAUCAGCAGUGUGUUAGUGCUUCACACGCCACAUGAAAUUAAUAAAGGUCCAAAAAUGCAGUUUACUACUAGUUUAUCAAGUUUAGUAUUAAGAGAUUUAUUACUAAAGUGGAAAAUGAUGGAACACAAUUUAGUAUGUACAGUUACACAGAGCUGAGAUGAGACAAUGCUCUAAUUGUGCUCUAAAUAUAUAAAUAUUUUUUUUAUUUAAAUGUUUUGUACUCAGUGGUGUUCAUGCUGUUUUGAAGCUUGAAUUCUUUAUUAUUAGUCUUGAUCUAUUGUUAAAGUUUUUACAACUUCACAGUAAACCCAGUCUAACAACACAUUUUGUGGUUUGUGUCACUCUAUUCGUUUGUGUUUCUUUGUGAUUUUCCCUGUGACUGAUUAUUAAUGUAUUCUUGGG